CAAGCGCAGCUAUAUAAGAGCCACGCUGGCCACGCGCCUUUCUUUUGGAGGAAGUCACAGUUGCAUUUGCACCUCGGUGCUGUUCACCGCACUCCUGUUCCUGGCUCACCGCUGUUCGCUCUCGUUGAGGAACAAGUCGGUCAGGAAGCCGCGCCGCAGCCAUGGCAUUUAAAGACACCGGAAAGACACCCGUGGAACCAGAGGUGGCGAUUCAUCGAAUUAGAAUUACUCUAACCAGCCGGAACGUAAAGUCUUUGGAGAAGGUGUGUGCUGAUUUGAUCAGAGGCGCAAAGGAAAAGAAUCUCAAAGUGAAAGGACCAGUUCGAAUGCCUACCAAGACAUUGAGAAUCACUACAAGAAAAACUCCCUGCGGGGAGGGUUCUAAGACUUGGGAUCGAUUUCAGAUGAGGAUCCACAAGCGACUCAUUGACUUGCACAGCCCUUCUGAGAUUGUUAAGCAGAUUACUUCCAUCAGUAUUGAGCCAGGAGUUGAGGUUGAAGUCACCAUUGCAGAUGCCUAAGUCAUUCUUUUUAAUAAAUUGACUAUCAGUUGUUAAA